AUGACCGUGCAGCGCCCGUCCUGGCCGCCGCUCUACUUCCCGCACUUCCACGGUACCGAGCCGGUGCCGCGGCCGCCCGGGGGAGCCUGGGCCCCUCUGGCCGCGCUGUGCUGGCCGUGGCAGCCGCUGCCGGCCGCGGCGGGGCCGCCCCGCUACGCCGCGCUGCCCGCGGCCGUGGUGCCGGAGCCGCCGCGCCUGUGCUGCCCGCCGGGCGCUCCGCGGGCCGGGGAGCUGGGAAGGCGGCCCCCGGGGCUGGCCCAGCUGCAGCUGCAGGAGGAGAUGUGCGAGCUGGGAAUCCGCCUGAAGGAGCUGGAGCUGGCGGCGCUCAUCGGCGACGGCUUCGACGCCAGGCAGUACAAAAUUCUGAAGGCACUGGAAGAAAAGAAGAUACAAAGCAUGAAAGCAAUGCAGAGCCUGAAGUAA